UCUUAUAUGGUACAUGUAGAGUACAACUGAGCAAGAUGGCAGAGGGAGGGGUGACCGAUCUAGUCUUGGAUGAGUCUCAGAAGGAACUUCAAGAAUGUCCUAUCUGUUACACUGAGUACAAGGAUCCUAGGAUGCUAGACUGCUCACACAGCUUCUGCCUGAAAUGUCUCCAAGAACUCAGAGUGACACAAAAUAAGGACGACAAGAAAAUUGUCUGUCCGUUGUGUCGAAAGGAAACUGCCCUGACUGAAGCUGGUGUGGACAUGCUUCCUGGAGGAUCAAAGGAAGUCAAUCAACAGGAGCAGACUGAAGGUCAGGGGUUAAAAGUCAUGUGUCAGGCAUGUGAUGAGGAGAACGAAGCUAUUUCUCGAUGCAUGGAUUGCAAGCAUUAUCUCUGUCAAGAAUGCCAGAAGGCACACAAUCGAAUGGCAGUACUGACAAAGGGUCACAAGGUUGUAGCUUUGACAGAGCUACAUGUUGAGUCUCAGGAAAUAACAGAGGACACUGAACUCAAGAAAGUUCCCAAGUGUCGCAAGCAUACAGAUCAAGAUCUCUGUCUGUAUUGUGACACAUGUGAUGUCCUCAUAUGCAAUGAAUGCACAAACACUGAUCACAAAGAAUCCAUGCAUUCUUAUGAAGAAACGUCUGAGCAGAUUGUGGGUAAAGUGAAUGAAGUGAUGACUACAGCAACGUGCUAUGAGAUCCUGAAGUCCAAGAAGAAAAUGCUGUGGGAAUUGAAUGAGCAGGUGAGAGUGUAUAAGAGUUUGGAUAUCAAGCAUGGGAAGUCAUUCCUUGGCUUUAAGGAGAGUAAAGAGGACGGUCAGCUUGGGACUCUGCUCUUGGAGGAGAAAUGGGAGAGAGAUGAAACCUCAACAGCUAUAGAUCUUGUAGACCAUCUUGCAGCAUACUCCACAAGUGAAAUAGUUGUGACGUACUUCUUUUAUAAUAAACUGCGUACAUUGGAUCCAAAGGGGAAGGUGAUGUCUACAAAGACCUACAAACCUGUCCCAGAUAAACCAAACAAACCCCAUGACCCUAAUGACAUACAGAGAGCAACAGCUCUAGCCAUCAACAAGGAUGAUCAACUUCUGAUCCUAGACAAUCCUGCAGUCAAGAUCUUCAACAAGGAAUACCAGCUCCUUCAUCAGUUUCUACCAGGUAAAGAGGCCGGCGUGGACGGCACAUCGACGUGCCUGGCAGUGGACAGCAGCAAUCUGAUAGCAGUGGCAAUUAUGUUGAAAUAA